AUGGAUACUCUGAGCCUGUCAGUGAACGCUGUGUCCCACACCGUGGCCACUGAGCUCCCCGCCGCCGACGACCCCUUCAAUGCACCCAUCAAGAACAUCGCGCCGUGGAACUUCACCAUCCUGGCGGUGCUCAUGUUCGUGGUCACCUCGCUGUCCCUGAGCGAGAACUUCCUCGUCAUGUUCGUCACUUUCAAGUACAAGCAGCUCAGACAGCCCCUGAACUACAUCAUAGUGAACCUGGCCAUCGCUGACUUUCUGGUCUCCCUCACCGGUGGAGUAAUAAGUUUCCUGACGAACUCCAGGGGUUAUUUCUUCCUUGGGAAGUGGGCUUGCAUCCUGGAGGGGUUUGCUGUGACUUUCUUCGGGAUCGUAGCCCUGUGGUCUCUGUCCGUUCUGUCCUUCGAGCGGUUUUUCGUGAUCUGCCGCCCCCUGGGGAACAUCCGGCUGCAAGCGAAGCACGCCAUCCUGGGUCUGCUGUUCGUCUGGACCUUCUCCUUCAUCUGGACCUUCCCUCCUGUGCUGGGCUGGAACAGAUACACCCUGAGUAAGAUUGGAACAACCUGUGAGCCAGACUGGUAUUCCACCAGUAUGACGUCUCACAGCUACAUCAUCACUUUCUUCACCACCUGUUUCAUUUUCCCUCUCGGAGUGAUAUUCUUCUGCUACGGGAAACUCCUCCGCAAGCUCAGGAAGGUGUCACAUGGUCGUCUGGCCACCGCUAAGAAGCCGGAGCGACAGGUGACCCGUAUGGUGGUGGUGAUGAUCGUUGCAUUCAUGGUGGGCUGGACGCCGUACGCAGUCUUCGCCAUCCUGGUCACAGCUCAUCCGACCAUCCAAAUCGAUCCCAGGCUGGCCUCUAUACCCGCCUUCUUUUCCAAGACAGCUGCUGUCUACAACCCAAUCAUCUACGUCUACAUGAACAAACAGUUCCGGAAGUGCCUGAUCCAGCUCUUCACCGGCAGGGGGACCAUACCCGACAGCCACCUGAACCAGACCUCGGAGCGACCAGGAAUUACAGCAGAGAGUCAAACAGGAGAAAUGUCAGCAAUCGCAGCUCGCAUCCCUUUGAGUGGCAAUGCAUCACCCAGGUCUGACGAUUCCCCGACCGACUGUGGCUCGUUUGCCCAGCUGCCCAUCCCAGAGAACAAAGUGUGUCCCAUGUAACACACCCAAUAGGCCUUCUCUUACUGUCUACUGACCCUGAGAGCCCAUAGUAACCAUCUGUAAUCUAUCUAACAGUUUUCGGAAAGCACUGUAUCUAGUUACAGAACUUGGGGAGAUGGACAGUGCGAAGCAGAGUCAGCUCUUGAAAGGUUUUCAAAGUGGAUGGAUCAGGCCCAUUUUUUUAUAUGUCAAGUUUAAAUAAUUAAGGACAGACACUAAACUUAAAGAAGGGUUUUGUUCUCUAGCAUGUUUCAGUUGUUUGUUCAAUGUUUGACUAAAAAAGGCACAACAGCUAGGACAAGAAGGAAACGUACCAACAGAAGUGCUCUGAGCUUUAUCCACAAGUUAUCUUUGUAAAUAUUUGCUUGCUGGACACACUUCUGUCAUAAUAUUAGAGAAUAACUUGAAUGUUCUUGUGACCAUCAUUACAAACCUGUCCGUGUGUAUCAUCAGAGGACACUUGAUUCGACUUGAUAGUAUCAGCCUUCAUAUCCUCGUGAGAAAAAGGGAGACUGCUAAAAAUGCAGACCUUGACAUCAGUUAGUAUAGGGCUAGCCAGUGUUUUUUUUCCAACACCACAAUGCAUCCAGCCUUUCAUCUCAUCCUCGCCUUCUCCUUUGAAGCCCUGUGAUAGCUUAUAGAGAA